AUGCUGCUUUGGAUUCUGUUGCUGGAGACGUCUCUUUGUUUUGCUGCUGGAAACGUUACAGGGGACGUUUGCAAAGAGAAGAUCUGUGCCUGCAACGAGAUAGAAGGGGAUUUGCACGUAGACUGUGAGAAAAAGGGAUUUACCAGCCUGCAACAUUUCACCGCCCCAACUUCCCAAUUUUAUCAUUUAUUCCUGCAUGGCAAUUCCCUGACUCGACUUUUCCCUAAUGAGUUUGCUAACUUUUACAAUGCGGUCAGUUUGCACAUGGAAAACAACGGUUUGCAUGAGAUUGUUCCUGGGGCUUUCCUUGGGCUGCAGCUGGUGAAACGCUUGCACAUAAACAACAACAAGAUCAAAUCGUUCAGGAAGCAGACUUUCUUGGGGCUGGACGAUCUGGAAUACCUCCAGGCAGAUUUUAAUCUGUUGCGGGAUAUUGACCCGGGAGCAUUUAGGGACUUAAACAAGCUAGAGGUGCUGAUUUUAAAUGACAAUCUCAUCAGCACCUUGCCCCCCAACGUGUUUCAGUAUGUGCCGAUCACCCACCUCGACCUCCGGGGAAACCGUCUUAAAACCUUGCCUUAUGAGGAGGUCCUGGAGCAGAUCCCAGGCAUUGCUGAAAUCCUGCUAGAGGAUAACCCCUGGGACUGCACUUGCGAUCUGCUGUCGUUGAAAGAAUGGCUGGAAAACAUACCUAAAAACGCUUUGAUCGGCAGAGUGAUUUGUGAAGCUCCCACUAGGUUGCAGGGCAAAGAUUUAAAUGAGACCACAGAGCAGGAGCUGUGUAAAAAGAACAGAGUAGAUUCCAGCCUAGCUGCUCCCCCUGCCGAAGAAGAAACCUGCGAUCCUGGUCCCAUUCCAACCCCCUUUAAAAUACAUGGCAAAGAAGACCCUGCCACACCAGGAUCUGCUCCAAACGGAGGUACAAAGAUUCCUGUCAACUGGCAAAUCAAGACCAAACCCACUGCUGCCGUGUCGACAGUGAGUGCGAAGAACAAGCUACCGUCUACCUUUUCCUGCCCGCACAUCUGCAGCUGUGAUCAGAUCCCUGGCUCAGGUUUAAAGGUUAAUUGCAAUGAUAGGAAUGUGAGCAGCUUGGUGGAUUUGAAGCCCAAGCCAUCCAAUGUGCAGGAGCUGUUUCUGAGAGACAACAAAAUACACACCAUCAGGAAAUCACACUUUCUGGAUUACAGAAAACUUAAUUUACUCGAUCUGGGCAACAACAACAUUGCCACCGUGGAGAACAACACCUUCAAGAACCUCUUUGAUCUCCGAUGGCUCUACAUGGAUAGCAACUACUUAGACACCUUGUCCCGGGAGAAAUUCGCUGGGCUGCAAAACCUGGAGUAUCUGAACGUGGAGUUUAAUGGGAUCCAGAUGAUCAUGCCUGGCACCUUCAAUGCGAUGCCCAAACUGAGAGUCCUCAUCCUCAACAACAACCUGCUGAGGUCUCUCCCAGUAGACGUGUUUGCCGGGGUCUCACUUUCCAAGCUGAGCAUACACAACAAUUAUUUCAUGUACCUCCCGGUGGCAGGGGUGCUGGACCAGCUCACCUCCAUCACCCAGAUCGAUCUGCACGGCAACCCAUGGGACUGUACUUGCCCUAUCGUGCCUUUCAAACAGUGGGCGGAGAUGCUGCGCCCCAAGGUGAUUAUGAGUGACCUGAGGUGUGAGUCCCCUGAAGAUUUCUUCAAGGAGGAUUUUGAAUCUCUCUCCAAUGACGUGAUUUGCCCUCAGUUAAAAAUCUCGCCCACAUUAACUUCUACUAACAAAAACAGCACCGGGUUGACAGAGACAGGUACUCACUCCAACUCCUACUUGGAGACCAGCCGGGUCUCUAUUUCGGUGCUAGUGCCAGGGCUUCUGCUGGUUUUUGUGACCUCUGCCUUCACAGUGGUUGGCAUGCUGGUUUUCAUCCUGAGGAACAGAAAGCGGUCCAAGAGGAGGGACGCCAACUCCUCUGCAUCUGAAAUCAACUCCUUGCAGACGGUCUGCGACUCGUCCUACUGGCACAACGGGCCCUACAGCGCCGACGGGGCCCACAGGGUGUACGACUGCGGCUCCCACUCCCUGUCGGACUGAGGCGGCGGGCGGGGCGGGGGCGGCCGCCAC